GUUUACAUGGUGUUCGGUUUUGAGAGUUCAACGUGUACAGUAUAUUGUGCAGGUGUUUUAACUACACAUUUACUGAGUAUUGCAAUCUACUGAGUUGGCCUUAAUCCUUGGAAAUACAUAAUAUACAUUGGUGUAAAUGGUAAAGCAGAAUCCUGUGGAAAAGUGAGAAAGAGUUCAUAUUCGAACAUCUCGUCAUCAUUAUCAUCAGUCACCCUCUCGAUCGCAACAUGGCCAAAAGAACUAGACUCAGCGCCGACGUCACUCUCCGAAUGGCAAACCAGUUCGAAGCCACCAACGACAGUAAAAAUGACACAAUACGAUCUUUUGGUGACACCCUUAAUCUCGACAAGCUUAUCAUAAAAAAGGCGACGACCCUCGGCAAGAAGUCAUCAAAUCUUGAAGGUGCAACGCAACAUCUCCUUAACGAGUGGGUAAACGAACACGGGAGCGAUGACGAAGCGGCUAAGAGGCUCAAGACGAUCCUGACAAAGAACGGGUAUUCAAAGAUGGCUGACGUCAUCAAAGAAGAAUCGACCAAAAAGUCAUCAAAACAUAGCUGCCAAGAUCCCCAGCAGCCAGCCUCUACAACAGACAGAAUCAUCACAUUGGUCACAACAGUAGUAGUCGCUGUCCUAGCCAUCACCUAUAUCCAUUACAGAGACUUCUCUUAGAGACACUCAUACUCGAUUCUAGCGCUGAAGUGAACCUUUUUGGUACUUAGUCGAAAGGAGUAUAUUCGGUGUGGAUCAGAACUGCAGGAUGGCGCUAUAACAUACGAACACAUCUAGGAGAUGUAUCGUUUUGUAAAGAAUGGAUAAAUUUUUGCUUGCAAGAACUCAAAGCAGUGAUAGUUACAAAGAUGGAUGAAUAUAAGGUUGAUCUUUAACACUCGAUUAUACGAGCCUGUUCGACUGAAAACGUGCUUGAAGCAGUGGCUGAAGAUGUUGGAUGGAGAGUAAUUGAAUGAAUUGAUGUAUUCCAUGGAUAUAUGUAUAUUCAACUAGAGACAGUUUGGUGAAAGUCGUUUCAUUGCUAACUGAGUUAAUUAAUCCAAAUGGAAUCUUGUUCUCCAAAUGACAUGCUCGAUGUCGAAGUUUUUGUGUAGUUCUAGGUGCUAGGCUGUUUUCAAAAUCUUGUUGUAUUAAUAAUCAAAUAUUAAUAAAAAUUAAGAAAAACCAGGCAGGUAUUUAUGUCAUUACAAUAGUAAAAGGAAUCAUGAAGUAUAAAUAAGAUGUUUUUGUAAUGUUAUUGAUAUUAUUCCCGUUUUGAAGAACUUAUCUGUACCCGGUUAUUCUAUGAUUUAAACCAGCCGCUGGGUUGCAAUCUGAGUAGCUCAAAAUUAAGUUGAAUUUCACAACAUAGUUUAGACUUAUGUCGAAUUUAGUCCCUUUGUUAAAACGUGACUUAGUUUCAGCAUUUGGUAUAACCGAAUUAGUAGAAUAGAGACCAUUAUGUUUAAGAGAAUAUGACGUAUGAUCUUGAAUCCAUAAUAAAAUAUCAAAUUGACUGAAAUACUGCAACACGAGCCGCAGAAUGAAUUGAAUAAAUGAACAAAUACUAAUGGGAAUUUCAAA